GGCCACUCUGAUACCUAUCGAACACAAGUCCCUCAGCGUCGCAUCUCUCUCGAAGGCGAUUGCAGUCUGUAUCGCACCAGAAACUCGGCUUGCGGCACAGAAAAUAGCCGAGAAGAUGAAGGCAGAGAACGGCGUUCGCGCAGCUGUCCGGUCAUUUCAUCGAAAUGUCCCUGUUCCGGAGCUCAACUGCGAUAUGGUCCCGAAACAUCCUGCGAACUGGUCGUGGAAGAAGGGAAAGCGGACACUCAAACUGUCUCAUCGUGCAGCAUCGAUUUUAGUAGAAUAUAAGAAGAUCAAGGCUUCGUCACUGAAAUUACACAAAUCCAAACCCAUCACAAUCGAAAACCGGCGCUGGGAACCCAUUACGGCAACCACAUCCGCAGGACUUGACAGUGCCCAAAACAUCUUCCUUGCAAUGAGUAGUGUCAUUGAGGAACCAAUGCAAGAGUAUCGGCGAGUCAAGGCCAUCGAGAGAGCCAAAAGUGAAACGGCGAGUGUCUACAGCUCCUCAUCUGGUGGAAGCCAUGCCGCAGGAGCUGCUGGGAAGGCAAUUGGUCGUGGGUUUGGAAGAGUGGGAAUGGCACUCACAAAAACAGCUAUUGAUCUACCGAUGGCCAUGACGGAUGGGAUGCAUAAUAUUCCUGCUUUGUAUGGUGAAAAGAUGAGAGAUAGGGGUGAGAUCAGCGGGUGGAAGAGUGGCGGAAAGGUUGGCCUGAAGAGUCUCGGAUACGGCUUCUACGACGGCUGCGUCGGGUUCUUCACGCAGCCUUAUAAAGGUGCCCGAGACGGUGGCACGCUCGGCUUGAUAAAAGGCAUUGCAAAAGGUUGCGGAGGCUUGCUGACUCAACCUGCCCAUGCCAUUUUUGGCGUCGUCGCCUAUCCAGCUCUGGGGCUUUAUCGCAGCAUCGACACAACAACAGUGACGGGCGCUCAAGGUGAAAUCCUGAAAGCGCAGCAGGGGUAUGGGAUAUUUCUGCCAGGAAACAAUGCGAUGGAGAAGGACGAGGUUGAAAGAGUGAUCACAGAGUUUGAAGAGAAGUGGUUAAAGGUUAGGGAGCCGGAUCAAUAAUCGGCGGGAAGAUGUGGAAAUAGUGACCAGUUGUCUGUUUGCAUGGCUUCAUAUUCGGUUAGAAGAUCGUCUUACUCAAUCGGAGUACUUUGGGACUGUAUAACAGAAGAUUUUGUUAGUAUCGAAGACUUUUAGUUCAAGUUGGUCGCUCCUGUGGUCAUUAAGAUAUUUCCUGGUGGGAGCACUGGAAAGAUUUCAGUUUCGCUUAGCACAACACUUUGUUGAUAUGGCUCAAGCGAGAACAGCUAUUAGAGAAAGACUGAAAACAGUGGAUUAACAGUU